GGCAGGUUCGAGUUCGAUCCAAUCGACCGCAGCCCUCCGUCUCCUCUCGUCGCUUCCUCCAUCUCUCGGCGUCGAAUCUCCUCGGGCCACCGAGCACACUCUACUAGCCGCUCGGAAGGAGUUCUUCCGGGAUUGGAGCCGUUGCUGCCCUCACCUCUGCUGGGGCGGCGUCGAGCGGAGACCCAAUCGGAAAUCGAACUGACUUGGUCUUUUGUUGUUUACUGAGGAAGUGAGGAGUUGCUUGCUUUAUGUGUGCGCGCGUGCGUUAAAAAGCAGUUCACUCCCUAUUUUUUUUGGGCUCUAGCUGAACUGCGGAUAUCUGUACGUUGAUUUCAGCUUCCCCAUCCGGAGAAGCAAUGUCAGGAGUGAUCACAAAGUUUGCGGUUACAUCCAUGGUGAUGUGGAUGGCCCCGGUUGCGAUCAUGUAUGGGUUCUACUACCAGGUGUUUCCAGGUGUGAGUCAGAUGUCAUCCUCGGCGCAGACACUCGCCAGCGGGUUCCUGGCUGUUAUAUCAGUUAAUCUGGUGAUCGGCUUUUACAUAUUCAUGGCGAUGAAGGAGACUCCACACCAAGAGCCACAGCCAGAUCCCACCUUCCUGGCGAACGCCAAAGCGAGUAUCAACCAGCCAACAUCCUCUCAAGUGAGUGAUGAUUCCAAGGGGAAGGGAAAGGUCGAGUAAGCUGUAGCAUGUUGGCUCUGGUCUUGUGUAUGCUAAGUGCAUGCUAUUUAGGAGGAAUAGUUGUGCUACACCAUCACACUACACCGCAAGUCCGCAACCUUUUAAAGCUCAUGAUUUUGAUGUAAAUUUUAUCAGUUAUGGUUAUGGAGCAAUAUGAAGUUGAACCUUUUGUACCUAUUCAAUUUGGAAACUGUGUUCAAUGUUAUUUUAGUUACAAUACUCAUGAAACUACUGUUGGUUGUAUUUAGGUCCUUUUUGGUUAUUUGGUUUGAUUCUAUUUAAGCAUGUGCCUAGAACACACAUCGCUGAUCUGUGUUGUCAUUCUGGUUUUUUGUGAGAUAAAAUAUAUCAGCAUAGUUACUGGGUGAUA